AAGCGGAAGUUGUCGGCGGCGCACUUCUUCAAAACACUUGCAUGUAACGUUUGCAAAGAUUUCAACGUUGAUAGAAAUCGUUUGCCACGAUGCCCCUGUCGACGCAGUCGCAAGCCGAUGAUGAGCAAUAUGUUUUAGUGGCCAGUUUGGACAACGCUCGCAAUCUGUCCAACCUUCUGAAAGCCAUCACAUUCAAAGACCACGCCAUCUUCAGCGCCACACCCAACGGCCUGAAGGUCACCGUGGAGGACUCCAAAUGUCUGCAGGCCAAUGCCUUCAUCCAGGCGGAGAUCUUCCAAGAGUUCACCAUACGUGAAGAUUCGGUCGGUUUCCAGGUCAACCUCACAGUUCUGCUGGACUGCCUUAAUAUCUUUGGAGGAAGCACAGUCCCUGGAGUAUCAACAGCCUUGCGGAUGUGCUACAAGGGGUACGGUUACCCCCUCACCCUGUUCCUGGAGGAGGGUGGAGUAGUCACUGUGUGCAAGAUCAACACACAAGAACCAGAGGAGCCAGUAGACUUUGAGUUCUGCAGCACCAACGUCACGAACAAGGUGAUCCUGCAGUCAGAGAGUCUGAAGGAAGCCUUCUCUGAGCUGGACAUGACCAGUGAGGUGCUGCAGAUCACCAUGUCCCCCAGCCAGCCGUACUUCAGAUUGUCUACAUUUGGGAACUCUGGAAAUGCCCAUUAUGAUUAUCCCAAAGACUCAGACAUGAUGGAGCUGUUCCGAUGCGACAAGACACAAACCAACAGAUACAAGAUGUCCCUUCUCAAGCCGUCUACCAAAGCCCUGGCUUUGUCCUGUAAAGUCUCCGUGAGGACGGACAGCAGAGGCUUCCUGUCUCUGCAGUACCUGAUCAGAAAUGACGACGGACAGAUCUGCUUCGUGGAAUACUUUUGUUGUCCUGAUGAAGAGGUGGAGGAGGAGUGAUCAAAUCGUUGAAUACAUUCAGGGGGAGGCACAGUCGCUUCGGAAGGGAGUGCAAAGUCUGCGGCGCUGCCAUGUGGUGCUCAGGGGUGACACAUACUGGACCUUUACAAGUGUAAAGGACAAUGGGAACGGUUGUGUUGUCUGUACAAAAUGAGCCGGCCCGUCACUCGCAAAGUCAUUUGUGGAAAGACAAUGUCACAUUCGUGGUCCUAUCUGGUAAUUAUCUUUAGGUCAAUACCAUAAGUACAUGUCACAGAUAUGGAGAAAGAUUGUAAUGCUACUGUGUAUGCAUUCGAUUAUCGGGUCUGAAAACACAGGUUUUUACGGACAUGUUUGUUCUUCUGUCCAUACAGAUUUCUGAAGCUUAGAUAUUCGAGUUGUUUUGUUCAUGUCUAGUAGGUUAAAACUCCACAGGCCUUUGACUUCUAUGCACUUCAAUAAUUGUUCAUGUGUAAAAAAAAAAAAAGUUAGAUGACCUGGAAAAGUUUAAAAUUGUUUUAUUUUCAUGA